AUGUGGCUCUUGGGAUCACCGGCCCCCGCCAUGAACGAGGCAGUGUCCCCGGGGUCCUCGGUCCACAGCAUAGAGGCCAUUCUGGGGUUCAGGGAGGACGGGCUCUUCCAGAAUCAUAAUAAUAAGUCCGUGUCGGAGUUCGGGGCGAUGGAGAGAGAGACCGGAGGCAGCGAGACCGAGCGAGAUGAGGAUGUAGCAGCGACUGGGACCCCCGCGAAGAAGCAUCGGGCCCCUGGGAGCUUUGACAUGCGUCGGGCCAGUAGAGUCCAGGAGCCCUCCCCGCAGCCGCGCCUGGCCUCCCCGGACACAGAGGGCCGUCUGUCGGAUGAGGAGAGCUCCAAGAAGAAGCACCGCCGGAACCGAACCACCUUCACCACGUUCCAGCUUCACGAACUGGAGCGAGCCUUCGAGAAGUCCCACUACCCAGACGUCUACAGCCGCGAGGAGCUGGCCCUGAAGGUGCACCUGCCCGAGGUCCGCGUGCAGGUGUGGUUCCAGAACAGACGCGCAAAAUGGCGGCGGCAGGAGAAGCUGGAGGUCAGUGCCAUCAAGCUCCAGGACAGCGCCCCCUCUCUGCUGUCGUUCAGCCGCUCCCCCACACACGCCCUGGGCUCUGGGCUGCAGAUGGACUCCUGGAUCACCUCCCCCAUCACCUCCUCCUCCUCCGCCUCCCUCCAGUCCCUCCCAGGCUUCAUCGGCACUUCACCUCACUCCUCUCUCCCCAUCGGGACGUACUCCACCGCUCCACCGUCCGCCUCCCUCUCUCCUCAGUCUCUCUCGGGCUCGUUCCUCAACCCUCCUCCUCCUCACCUGCCCUUCAUCAGGUCCAUGUGCCCGUCUGUACCUGUGUCCGUGUCGUACCAAUGCGCGGUGGAUCCCAGGAACUCAAGUAUUGCCGCGCUGAGGAUGAAAGCCAAAGAACACAUUCAGUCCAUGGGAAAGUCGUGGUGA